CAGGCACGACGACGGCGGCCGCACAUUGACAAAGUAGUCGCAGUUCAGUUUAGCUUGAGCAAGCGGGCGUGCCGAUCGUGUUAGUGCGCGUGCAACCCGGUUCAACACAGACACACCUGCCGAAUCGCUGAUUGCUGUCGGCCCGACUGAAAAUGGCGACAGAAAAGACCAGUUUUACGCCCGAGGAGCGGCUCGAGAUGAAGGAGCACUUUGACCAGAUCGACAAGAACGGCGACGGCGCAAUAGACCUGUCCGAGCUGAAGGACGCGCUGGACAACUGCGGUUUCAAAAUUCCCGGAUGGAGAGUGCGACAGAUGAUCGAGGAGUACGACGACAAAAGCCAAACACAGCACCGCGGCCGGUUAUCUUUCGACGAGUUUGAAAAUCUGUGCUGGGACCUGAGAUCGAAAGAUGUGGCGACGAGCUUCAAGCAGGUGGUGUCCAAGAAGGAAAACUUGGAGACUCUGGGAGGCAUGUCGACAGCCUCGAGCGAAGGCACCACCCACUCAGUGCGCCUGGAGGAGCAACUCGCCUUCUCGGGCUGGAUCAACUCCAACCUUGGCCACGAUCCUGACCUCAAGCACCUCCUGCCAAUCGAUUCUGAGGGAAGACUGCUCUUUGACAAAGUUAAAGACGGAAUCCUGCUUUGCAAAAUCAUCAACCACUCGUGUCCAGACACAAUUGACGAGCGCGCCAUCAAUAAGAAAAACCUCACUGUGUAUACGAAACACGAGAAUUUGACCCUCGCGUUGAACUCGGCGCAGGCCAUUGGCUGCAAUAUAAUCAACAUCGACGCCCACGACCUGUCCAAGGGAAAGCCUCACCUUGUGCUCGGUCUUCUAUGGCAAAUCAUCAGAAUAGGCCUGUUCAACCAAAUCACCCUGGAGCACUGCCCAGGGCUGACCGGUCUGCUGGCCGACGGCGAAAAAAUCGAGGACCUGAUGAAGCUGUCCCCGGAGCAGAUCCUGCUGCGCUGGGUCAACCACCACUUGGAGCGCUCCGGCACGAACCGCCGCUGCAACAACUUCCAGAGCGACAUCUCCGACUCGGAAAUUUACACAUACCUGCUCAAGUCGAUCGCGCCCGGAGACGCCGGCGUGUCCAUGGAGGCGCUGAUGGAGCCCAACCUGACCUCCAGGGCCGAGGUCAUGCUGCAGCAAGCCGCCAAACUCGGCUGCCGCAGCUUCGUCACGCCUUCGGACGUCGUCAACGGCGUCUACAAGCUCAACCUGGCGUUCGUGGCCAACCUGUUCAACAACCAUCCAGCCCUGGACAAGCCUGAGGGAGAUAUCGAGGGACUUGAGACCAUCGAGGAGACGAGGGAGGAAAAGACGUACCGAAACUGGAUGAACUCAAUGGGCGUCGCCCCGUACGUGAAUUGGCUGUACUCAGACUUGGCUGACGGCCUCAUCAUUUUCCAACUGUAUGACAUCAUUAAGCCAGGCAUUGUCAACUGGAGCAGAGUGCACAGGAAAUUCUCAAAACUGAGAAAGUUCAUGGAAAAGUUGGAAAACUGCAACUACGCAGUGGAGCUGGGCAAACAACUGAGAUUCUCGCUUGUCGGAAUCGCGGGCCAGGACUUGAAUGACGGAAACGCCACACUCACCCUCGCUCUCAUCUGGCAGUUGAUGCGAGCGUACACCCUGUCCAUCCUGACUCAGCUGGCAGACUCAGGAAACCCAAUGGUUGAGAAGGAAAUCGUCAAAUGGGUGAACAACAAACUCAACAACGCAGGCAAGACCAGCUCGAUAAAAAGCUUCCAGGAUUCGAGCAUUGCCAACGCCAGGGUUGUCCUGGACUUGAUCGACUCGCUGAAACCGGGCACUGUCAACUAUGAUCUAAUUAAAGAAGGUGGUACUCAAGAGGAUAACCACGCCAACGCCAAAUACGCCAUCUCGAUGGCGCGAAAACUGGGUGCCAGGGUGUACGCCCUUCCCGAAGACAUCACCGAGGUGAAGCCCAAGAUGGUGAUGACCGUCUUCGCGUGUCUGAUGGCCACCGACUAUAUUCCUAACAUGGACAGCGUGAAGCCGCAGUAAAGCAUUUCACUCGUUCACCAGUUACCCCACUUUAAAAUUAAAACUGAAACGACUAGUUAGUAGAUUUAACCGGCUUUUCGUCCCCAUCAUCCCACACGCGUAAUUUUUAGUGCCAGAUGUUCUCAUCACCGUGCGUUUCGGCCACAAAGCGUGUUUGACCAUUUAUAAAAAAACAAAAUCGAACCAAAUAUAGAACUGUGUCAUACAUUUAACUGUAAACAUCGGGAACAGCACAAAUUAAUGAAAAAAAGGCAUCGUUUUGUGAUCAUUUUCGCCAGCAGGCAUGGAAUCUCGAAAGUUGCAUUCCGGUUUCGCGUGCGUAUUUUUGUAACGGUUUUGCAGAGGUGCUUUUUGAUACAGAACGCCAAUUUUUUAGUAGGAAAGAAUGAGCUGUGUGAUGAAUUUUGUGCUAUUCUGGCUCGAGCAUAAUUUUGGGGUAGUUGCGUACCAUUUUGGAGAGUAUUAAGAGGUUGUAGAUCGCGUAAUAAAUAUUUAGAAUUAAGCACCAAGUUCGUGAUGAGAACAAGUGUCAAAUCAUUUGAGGGUGGACAAGUGAACCGGGACCGGUGCCCAAUGGAAUUAAUAUUAAUAAUAAUAUCUAUGUAAUUGAUGUGCUUUUUUGUAACGCAAUUAAUCCAUUGUAGUCGACUUUUGCUAAAUCGUAAAAAGCCAUGCGUCCAUCCUCAAUUUUUUGCUGAAGCAAAUGUCGUUUUGAAAUUGUGGCUGUUAUUGGAUGCAAGAUAUAUCGUAAGUAAUGCUUUUCUAUAUCUAGGAAUAAUACAUUUUGUACUAAUCGGCUGCAUAAGUGAUGAUAAAUAUACAUUGUAAUCAUUUCUUCUUCCUUGCUCUUCUGUCAUUUAUACACAGCACAAUAAUUACUAUGUAUUUAUUUUUCUGCAGAUGACCUUAUUUUUGGUGUAAAUAUAACUUGUUUUUAAAAACUAUUUACGCAAGACCUAACUAUCUAAGAAGCGGAAAAAAUACUUAAGUGAAAUGACGUGCGAACCGCAUUGAUUUCCGUUGGGCGUCAAAAGCAUUUCCUCUUUUUUCCAGUGCCAUUGGCAUUUAUCGAGUUCAUACAAUUUUUUCUACAAAGUAUGCCGCAGAUUUUGCAAUUUAUGAUGAGUUUUGCAAGUCAUUAACAAAUUUUAUUUUUCUUGUGUAUUUUUGUUUGCAGGAACAUAUUUGUGAGAAUGCAAUAAACGUUUGUGCAAUUAUUAUAUAUAUAAAAA